AUGUCGGGCGAAAAGCGAGCAGCAUCCGAGUCCUUCGGCACAACACAACUAGUGAAACGACAACGAUCAGAUGCCGACCUCAAUGGCAGCGCACUGGCAAGGACCAACGGAGCGGGAGGAGCACUCAUCAAAGGCGGCAAUGCCUCCACCCUCUCCUCCCCCGUCAUGGAACUCACAGGCCAUUCCUCCGAAGUCCUCGCCGCCAGAUUCUCGCCCGACGGUACUUCCCUGGCGACGGCAGGCAUGGAUCGACAGAUUCUCCUCUGGCGCACGGCCGGCUCCUGCGAAAACUAUACCUCCCUCUCCGGCCACAAAGCUGCCGUGCUGGCCCUGAACUGGUCGAGAGAUAGUCAGGUGCUCUACUCCGCUUCCGCCGAUCACACUCUCGCUUCCUGGGAUCUGAAUACCAGCACACGGAUACGGCGGCACAUAGGUCACGAGGAGGUGGUGAACUGUCUCGAUGUCAGCAAACGCGGCGAAGAGUUCUUGGUAUCAGGGAGCGACGACGCCAGUAUAGGGAUCUGGGAUCCACGGCAGAAACACGCACUAGAUCACAUACAGACCGAAUAUCCUAUCACAGCAAUCUGUUUAGCGGAAGCAGGGAACGAGGUCUUUGCUGGAGGCAUAGACAAUGUUAUCAAAAUCUACGAUCUGCGGAUGAAGAAAGUGUCGUUUGAACUCGCGGGACAUACAGAUACGAUCACCUCUCUCUCACUCAGCCCGGACACGCAGACAUUACUCUCCUACUCCCACGACUCGACGGCAAGAACAUGGGAUAUCCGGCCCUUCGCCCCGCAAGACAGGCAGAUACGGGUCUUUGACGGGGCGCAAGCGGGCUUGGAGAAGAAUCUUUUCCGCGCUUGUUGGGAUCGGGAAGGGAAGAGGGUGGCGGUUGGUGGAGGCGAGGGUGUUGUGACGGUCUGGGAGGCGGCGAGCGGGAAGAUGGUGGCGAGAUUACCGGGGCAUAAGGGGAGUGUGAAUGAGGUUGAUUUCUCGCCUGAUGGGACGGUGGUUGCUAGUGGGAGUACGGAUCGACGGGUACUUCUGGAUCUGUUGCGGGCUCCAAAUCGGGGUAACAAGCACGUCAUCAAAUACAAUAGUGAUCAUGAUGAUGUUCAUGUACAACAACUGCUUACUACUAUCCAUUGCCAUUUGAACAUUGUCAAUGAGUUUCUUGUCAUCGCCAUCAUUGCUACUGCUGGUCUUCUGCGUCUUCGCAACUUUGAGCUCAGCGAUACACAAUCCUUUCGCCAACCAUCACCACAACUCCCACCAACAGACUUUCACGAUGUCGAAGUCAUUGAACGGUUUGCAGAAGGAAAAGCGAGAUGCGAACAAGCAAUUGUUACUGACUACGGUACAGUCUUCAAGCAACCACUUGCUGUCCACUCGACGAGCCCAAUGACUGGCUUCCUCCGCAACGGCUACUGCGAGGUCCCUGCCAGUGACUACGGCAACCAUGCUGUUGCUGCUGAGGUGACGGAGGAGUUCUUAGACUUCACGGCACGGCAAGGCAACGACCUUCGACCUAUUCCUGGCAUGAAAGCCGGAUGCAAAUGUAGGAUGGAUAAGAUACCUCGAUUGCCUGUAAAAUUCUUGCUGACCUUUCUGCUAGGGUGUCUCUGCACGACCAGGUGGCUCGAAGCUUUCCAAGCUCGUGACAAGGAAGCUGCAGGAGACAAGAUCGUGCCCAAGAUCUUCUUAAACGCUACCAAUGAAAAAGCACUAAACAAGAUUAAUCUGGAUGACUUGAAAGCGUUCGCUGCAGACAAGUAG